UCGGGCUUGGACCUGUAGGUCGGGUGGGCGCAUCUGAAGCCUUGAGGGGCAACAGAACCCAGGCUCCUGUUUGGACCCGGUGACUCCGGGUUCCCAAAUCCACGGACCCUGGAGGCCUUUCCCAUCUUCUCAGCCCAAUGUGUGGGAACUCAAAAGAGAAAUCUCCAGAGUGAGUGAGCCUGCACACGCCCGGAGCCAGCAGAGCCAGGCCAGGAUGGAGAGGAGACGGGUCACCUCAGCCACUCGUCGUUCCUACAUCUCCUCUGAGAUGGUGGUGGGGGGCCCGGCUGGCCGCCGCCUGGGGCCCGCCACCCGCCUCUCCCUGGCCCGAACGCCACCUCCACUCCCGGCCCGGGUAGACUUCUCCCUGGCUGGGGCACUCAAUGCCGGCUUCAAGGAGACGUGGGCCAGCGAGCGGGCGGAGAUGAUGGAGCUCAAUGACCGCUUUGCCAGCUACAUCGAGAAGGUGCGCUUCCUGGAGCAGCAGAACAAGGUGCUGGCGGCUGAGCUGAACCAGCUGCGGGCCAAGGAGCCCACCAAGCUGGCUGACGUCUACCAGGCUGAGCUGCGGGAGCUGCGGCUGCGGCUCGAUCAACUCACAGCCACCAAUGCCCGGCUGGAGGUGGAGAGGGACAACCUGGCGCUGGACCUGGGAGUGCUGAAGCAGAAGCUCCAGGAAGAAACCAACCUGAGGCUGGAGGCUGAGAACAAUCUGGCCGCCUACCGACAGGAGGCGGAUGAAGCCACUCUGGCACGUCUGGAUCUGGAGCGGAAGGCUGAGUCCCUGGGGGAAGAGAUCCAGUUCUUGAGGAAGGUUCACGAGGAGGAGAUGCAGGAGCUCCAGGAGCAGCUGACUCGGCAGCAGGUCCAUGUGGAGCUGGAUGUGGCCAAGCCAGACCUCACAGCGGCCCUGAGAGAGAUCCGCAUGCAGUAUGAGGCAGUGGCCUCCAGCAACAUGCAUGAGACAGAGGAGUGGUACCGAUCUAAGUUUGCAGACCUGACUGACGCUGCUGCCCGUAAUGCCGACCUGCUCCGCCAGGCCAAGCACGAGGCCAACGACUACAGGCGCCAGCUGCAGGCCUUGACCUGUGACCUCGAGUCCCUGCGUGGCACAAACGAGUCCUUGGAAAGGCAGAUGCGCGAGCAGGAGGAGCGACAUGCUCGGGAAGUUGCGAGUUACCAGGAGGCGCUGACACGGCUGGAGGAGGAGGGGCAGACCCUCAAGGACGACAUGGCCCGCCACCUGCAGGAGUACCAGGACCUACUCAACGUCAAGCUGGCCCUGGACAUGGAGAUCGCCACCUACAGGAAACUGCUGGAGGGCGAGGAGAACCGCAUCACCAUUCCUGUGCAGACCUUCUCCAAUCUGCAGAUCCGAGGGGGCAAAAGCACCAAAGAAGGGGAAGGUCACAAGGUCACAAGACAUCUCAAAAGCUUCACAAUACAAGUUAUACCAAUACAGGCUCACCAGAUUGUAAAUGGAGCCCCUCCGGCUCUGGCUCUCUCGGAAACCAGCCUGGACACCAAGACCAUGUCAGAAGGCCACCUUAAGAGGAACAUCGUGGUGAAGACCGUGGAGAUGCGGGAUGGAGAGGUCAUUAAGGAGUCCAAGCAGGAGCACAAGGACAUGAUGUGAGGGGGGCCCACCUAGUGGCCCCUGCCCCACAGCUGGAGGGCCCUGCAGCAGGAGCUAGGAUAGUUGUUCCUCUCUGAUAGCUAAUCCCUGCAUCCCCUCCCCUUGCCUGCUCUCCUGCUCCAUCUCUGUGCCAGCUCUGUUCCGGGUUCCAUCAUCAGGCCUGUCAGACAGUAUCCACACUGCACCCGGAAACUCCAACUAGUAGGACACUCUCCCCAAAGGGAUGGUCUGGAGGUGCGUGGCCAGCAGCUUGGGUUAGAAUUGGGAGUGGGGAGAGAAGUUGGAGAGGCAAGGGGAUCUAAUAAACCACCCUCUUGUGCCCUAAUCCCUGUUGUCAUGGCAACUGUUGCCAGAGUUGGGGGUCUCUGGGGGCAUCUGGAGAAACUGCGCCUUGGAGCUUCCUCAGGCUGCUGGAGGAAAACUGAGAUUCUGAGACAGGAAGGGGAAAGCAGUGUAGCCCUGGCCAGAGGCUGGCUCUGGACUGCCCUGCCCAGAGAGUGGGUGGGUGGGGGUACUCUGCCAGCUAGUCACCAGACGGAGCUCCUGGCCUGCUCAGAUCCCUGAAGAGCCUCCUGCGUGAUAAUUCGUGCAUCUCAGCCUCACAGAGCUGCCAUGUGGCAUGCUGUGGGCAUGUUGUGGGCAUGCGGUGGGCAUGUGGGAGCUUGAUGCUCAGCACUUAG